AUCGCUCCCUCCCUCAUUUUCCUUAACCUCUCAAUUCUCUGAAACCAUCCAUCCUCGCAAAAUGCGCAUCCUCUGCCUCCACGGCCGAGGCACCAGCGCCCAGAUAUUCCGAUCCCAAACCACCUCCUUCCGCUCCCGCCUCGAAGACCUCCCCAUCACCUUCGACUUCAUCGACGCCCCCUACACCACCACCGCCGCCUCCGGAAUCGACCUCUUCUACGAACCCCCCUACUACACCUUCUGGCGCAAUGACUCCAUCCCAGAUCUCUACAAAGCCCGCGACUGGCUCCUAGACCUCAUCGCCGAGAAAGGGCCCUACGACGCCGUCCUAAGCUUCUCGCAAGGCUGCAGCCUCGCAGCCUUAACCCUCCUCCUGCAUGCCCACGAAACACCGCACGCACCCCCUCCGUUCAAAGCAGCCAUCUUCAUCUGCGGCGGUGCCCCACUACCCCUCCUCGAGGAACUGGGGUACAACAUCACUCCGGAAAUGCAAGCCCAGGAUGCAGCGUCCCGGAAGAAAUUAUCCAUUCAGGCCGAUUCGGCCUCCAUCCUGGCUAAGGGCGCGGACAGAUGGAGUGGUGGCGACGAUGCGGGGGAGGUGAUUGACGAGGAGAGAAUUCGGGGGGAGAUUGAGCGGUGUGUGAAUGGUGCCGUCAAGAUCGGGGUUCCGACGGUGCAUGUUUAUGGACGCAAGGAUCCGAGGUUUGCCGCGGGCGUACUGUUGUCGGGGGUUUGUGAGGAGCGCAACAGGAGGGUCUUUGAUCAUGGGGGCGGGCAUGACAUUCCUCGUACGUCGGUGGUGAGUGAUCGUUUGGCGGAGUUGCUGAGGUGGGUGCUGCAGGAGGGGAGUGUUGUCUAGGUCUCUGUGUUGAGGUUGUUUGAGGGAGGUGGAUUCAUGCGGCCUUGCAUAGACGUUGCCUAUUAUAUUUUGGAUUUUUAGAGAAAUACUACCAUGGCUGACAGGGUGACAGCUUUGUAAGACGUAGUGGACGGGGUUCGUGGGGAGUGAGGGCUUGGAUUAUUGUUUGUAUUGUGCGCUUUGUAGGUUAGUUGGUUUAAAGGGGAUGGAGAAGACAUUUGCAGAUCUGCGAGACUCAUUUAUAGAUAUUGGAGUCUAGCAUAUUGAGCUUAUGCAAAGAGGGACUGGGUAAGUGGGUUAGUUGUCCGUAGGAGAAACCGCAUAUUACUUGGCUAAUUGUAUAGCUGGGCACCAUACAUAGCGAAAACGAAUUGAAAUCAGCGAUUAAGCUCCCUUAAUCCGCGAUGCCAAUACUAGACCCA